AUGUUGUAAUUAAACUGCAAGGCUAUACGUCGAACUUUUUGUAAAAAUUAUUAUAAAAAUGAUUCUUUUUUUGUAAAAACUUCGAAUUCUUUUAUAUCAUAUAUGUGAUUGUACUUGAUUGUAAAAAUUCUACAUAGAAUUUAUUAUAUUAGCAGAAAAAAUAUAGUAUGUUGGUAUUAAAUUGGGUACGAUGAUCUGUUGAUGCACGAAGAAUGAUCACUUGUACUAUGUUUAGCUCAGUAUUUUAAAUUACUCUUUAACAACAUCAUUUUAGUUUAUUAUACGAGAGAUUGUGUUAGUACAUCGUAUAUUGCAAUUACAAUAAAUAUUACUAUACACAGAUACAAAUAUAUUCUAGAAAAUAAGACAUCAUUGAUCAUGGAAGAUUUAUCAAAGGAACAGAUUCAGCAGUUACAAAUGGCCUUUGAUGCCUUUGAUAGUAAAAAAAAAGGAAUUGUUAGUACAGAUAUGAUUGGAACUAUGCUAGGUAUGCUUGGCCACGAUAUAAGAAGUAGUGCAUUAUCCGAAGUUGUCGCCGAAUUUGAUCCGCAUGGAAGAAAAGAAAUAAGAUUCGAUUCGUUUUGCAACCUUGCUGCUAGAUUUCUUGAAGAUGAUGCUGAUGCUGAAGCUGUACAAGCUGAAUUAAGGGAAGCUUUUAGACUUUAUGAUAAAGAGGGAAAUGGAUACAUAACGACAGAAGUUUUUCGUGAUAUUCUUCACGAAUUAGAUGACAAUUUAACACCGGAAGAACUUGAUAUGAUGAUAGAUGAAAUUGACGCUGAUGGAUCAGGAACAUUGGAUUUUGAUGAAUUUAUGGAAGCCAUGACAAAGUAGCAGCGCAUACAAGAUAAUUGUUUUUAUCAAUGUUUAAGUCACACCAUAAUAAUACAAUGUGAAAUAUAAAAUAAAUAUAUAAUAUUAUUGGAAUA